AUGGUGGGUAUACUUGCGACAUCCCACUUACCGCGUGAGUGCAAGGUGGUGACACGGGCUGGCAGCUCGAGUCAUCAUCGGAUCGGCGCCUCAUUACUGGACCCUGACAAUCCUCCGGAGAACUUUUCAAGUGUACAAAGGCUGCUGGCGCCCUCCCCGACGUCGUCACCCGUUACACCAGGGGAGUGUGCGCUGCAAAGGGCGAGCUGGUACAUGAGCCAACUGAAAGAGUGCUGGCUCAAACUAUCGGACAUGCUGAAAGAACAUUCUCUAUGGGAAGUCUUCAUUGAAAUUGAAAUGAAAGUAUUACCUAUCAUUACUGCUAUGGAGCUUCGUGGCGUAUGCGUCGACAUGGAAACACUGAACUCGAUGGAGCAAGCAGUCGCAGCUCGCCUGAAGGCGGUGGAGCAGCGGUGCUACAAGGCGGCCGGGAAGGUGUUCCAGAUCAGCUCGCCGGCCCAGGUGCGCGCCCUGCUCUACGACGACCUGCAGCUGGACUACAGGUGCAACCUCAGCGUCAGGGGCACCGUGGCCAAAGGGGACAAGUCCACUAGUGAAGCUACGGUGAGCUGGUACCAGACACCCGCGGGGUCUCACGCGGCGCAGCUGUACCAGCCACUCACUGCACUUACAGCUGCGCAGUCUGGCGGCAGUGUCGCAGCACGAGCUGCCCAAGCUGGUAUUGGAGUACCGGCACUUGCACAAGGCACACGCCACCUUCCUGGCCGGCAUCGCGCACCACGUCCACAACGGAGUCGUCCGACCGACUUGGUGAGUCUGACCCAAUUGCUUGAUGCCUCUCUGUCACCUCUGAACACCAUGCUGCAGAUGGCGGCGGCGACGGGGCGCAUCGCGGCCAGCAGCCCCAACCUGCAGGCUAUACCCAAAGCUCCCUACAGUCUCGUCCUGUUCCCCGACUCAGACGACGCCGAUGCAGAGAGGGCGGCGCUGGCGCUGCGCGCGUGCUACGUGGCGCGCGCCGGGCGCCGCCUGCUGGCCGCCGACUUCCGCCACCUCGAGUGCCGCCUGCUCGCGCAUCUCUCCGCCGACCGCGCGCUACUCCGCGCGCUGCGCGCCCCGCGCGACUUCUUCCGCGUGCUCGCCGCCGACUGGCUGAAGAAGCCCGAGAGCGAAGUAGUCGCCGAGGAGAGGGAGCGGACGAAGCGAUUAGUGUACGCGAGCCUGUACGGCGCCGGGCCGCGCAAGUUGAUGGAGAUACUGGGCGCCAGCUACCCGCGCGCGCUGCAGGUCGCCGCCAGCUUCCACAGAACAUUUCCGUCGCUGAAGUCGUUCGGCGACGCCGUGUGGCAGCGCUGCGUGGAGGCGCGCGGCCUCGUGCGCAGCCUGCGCGGCCGCCUGCGCCGCCUGCCCGCCGCCGCCGCGCGCGCGCCGCCCGCCGCCGCAGCGCAAGCGCGGCGCCAGGCCCUCAACUUCGUCGUGCAGGGUAAUCCAUUCUCAUUCCGGUGUACGACGGAACUAGUCGCGUAUAGAGUGCUGAACGCGCGGAGUGCGCAGGCUCGGCGGCCGACGUGUGCAAGAUGGCCAUGGUGCAGACGGCGCGCGCGCUGCGCGACGGCGCGGCGGAGCUGGUGCUGCAGGUGCACGACGAGCUGGUGUGGGACGUGGACGCGCGCCACCUGCAGGCCGCGGCAGGUACGACCGGCUGGCGGCCCGGCCGGCUGGCGGCCGACACUGACGCUCGCUUCCGCCGCAGGCAGCAUCCAGCGGGCGAUGGAGGACUGCGGGCGGGCGUGCGGCAUGGCGAUGGCGCUGCCCGUGGCGCUGCGCGUGGGCACGGACUGGGCGCACAUGCAGCCCUACACCGUGUCACCUGCCACUCCGGAAGGUCAAGGGCUGUCUUCUAAUCUCCUUUCUUAA